CUCUGUAACGAGGAAGGAAUAUUUGUUACUUUGAAUGUCUCUUUCCUUGUUAGAUUCUCAUAUAUAUGAUUUUCUUUGCUUUCUUUAACGGACUUUCCUUUUUUGUCUCACUAAUUUUCAUUCCACAUUGUUGGUUUUUUUUUGUCACACUUUCGGUUCAUUCCUUUGAAUGAGCAUGAAAAAAUUGUUCUUGUGUCGAGGUCUAAGAAUAUAUAAAUGUAUAGAUUUAUAAUGUCACUACUAUCUUUAUUCUUGUCUUGCUUGUCAGGACAGCAGAAAGUUGCCAUUUCAAUGAGUGUAGAUUUGGAGAUUCUCAUACUGUGUUCUCUCAACUUGUCUAUUUAACAAACUACUCCAUUGAUUUGAGCACCUGCUCUGUUUUUCCUCUCAUGUUCCUACUUCUUGCACACUUGCUCUGUUUAUUCUAUUAAACAUAUAAGAGGUUUGAGCAACAUAAAAUUCAAGAACAUAGAUUUCAAAAUCUUUAAUUUUGUUUUACAUUUGGGUACUGAUUUUCUUGUCUCCGUUCUUUUCUACAUUUCAAUUUUGAAGGUAGUGAAGUUGGUUUGUUGAGAAACAUAAUGGAAAGACUGAACUCAAAGCUGUACUUGCAGAACUGCUACAUAAUGCAAGAGAAUGAGAGGCUUAGGAAGAAAGCACAGCUUCUCAACCAAGAGAAUCAAGCACUCCUCUGUGAGCUGAAACAGAGACUCUCCACUUCCAACAACAACCAAAAGCCCAAUGGGCCCAACUCUAUUCCUGAUCUCAAUCUCUGCUCCACCUCCAACCCAAAUGCUUCCAAUUCCACCAAAAACUGAGAGGAAGACUAAAUGGAACAUCAUGGCCCCACCUAGGACUCCUCUUUGCUCUUUUUGUGUAAUACAAUAGUUAGGAGUCAAAUACUACUAGUAGUUUCUGCAGUUUCAGUUAUAUAUAUAUAUAUAUAUAGAGGAGAAUAGGUAGUAUCUAUCACCUGGUUUACCUUUUUAGAUAUAUAUAUUUCCAUCUUUUGUCAUGUCCUCUACUUUUGGGGGUUAAAAUGAUGUAAUUUCUGAAUUACAAAGAUGUAUCAGGCUACCAGCUAGAAAGGAAUAUAAUGUUUUAGUAU